AUGAAGACCGUCUCCGUCAUCACCCUCAUCCUGGGCGCAGGCGCUGCCGCCAACGCAGCCGCCAUCGUCAACGCCGAGACCCUCGAGGCCCGCUCCGAGGACGCCGCCACCCUCGAGGCGCGCCAGUGGUGCCCCCGGCGCGGCCAGCCCUGCUGGAAGGUCAAGCGCGCAGUCGAUGCCUUUGCCUCGGCCAUGCACAGCAACGAGGCGCGCGACGUCGCCACCACCACGUCCCCCUCGGACGGCCACCUGACGGCCCGCGACCUGUCCCACCUCCCCGGCGGCGCCGCCUACAACGCCAAGCGCUCCGUCAACGCCCUGGCCGCCCUGCUGGCAUCGACCCAGUACGACCCCGAGGCCUUUUACAACGACCUCUACCUCGACCGCUACUUUGACCCCGACACCAGCGUCGACGCCAAGGCCGUCGACGAGAAGCCCGAUGCCGAGGCCAAGACCGAGAAGCGCGACGAGGAAGGCGGCCACCUCGAGGCCCGCCAGUGGUGCCCCCGCCGCGGCCAGCCCUGCUGGAAGCGCGACGUCGAGCACGACAAGCGCCACUGCAACUCUGCCGGCGAGGCCUGCGACGUGGCCAAGCGCGCAGUCGGUGCGCUCCUCUCGGCCGUCGAGGACAGCGGCGCCGACCUGGCCAAGCGCCAGUGGUGCCCGCGCCGAGGCCAGCCUUGCUGGAAGCGCGACAACGUCUUUGAGCCCGUCGCCCUGGGCCGCCGCGAUGUCUCGGACGCCGAGGCCGACGUGCUCACCAAGAGGCAGUGGUGCCCGCGUCGCGGCCAGCCCUGCUGGAAGCGGUCCGAGAUCAGCGGCCUCGAGGCCCGCUGCUACGGCCCCGCCGGCGAGUGCACCAAGGCCCAGCGCGACCUCAACGCCAUCCACCUGGCUGCCAGGGACGUGCUCGCCUCGCUCGACUUCGGCAGACAUCUCAGCUCGAGGCUUCUCGACCAUUCUUGA